UGAUGACGUUUGGAGUCACAUGCUCGCCAAGCUCGGCACAGUUCGUAAAGAACAAAAACGCGGAGGAGUUUAGAGAACGGUUUCCCGAAGCGGUCGAGGCCAUAGUCGGCAACCAUUACGUCGACGACUUUGUCCACUGUAGAGAAAGCCAUCCGAGUAACUGAGCAGGUAGCGUAUGUACACAAAAAAGGGGGUUUUGAACUAAGGCGAUUUGUAUUCAAUUCUGAACGGCUCACUAAGAAGAUGAAUGAAGAGGAAACGCACUCGUCUUGUGUAAAUCUGGAUAGAGACAACGCAGGCCUUUUUCAGAAAGUGCUUGGCUUACACUGGGAUACUAAUAAUGACGUUCUGAGAUUUGUGCUGUCGUUUACGAAGGUGGAUCCAGUUGUGCUCGCCGGCAAGAGGAAACCAACAAAGCGCGAAGUACUGAGUGUUACAAUGUCCGUGUUUGAUCCAUUCGGAAUGGCUGGCGAAUACACCAGGGAAGCGAAGCUUCUCAUCCAGUCUACUUGGCGUGCCAGUAUCGGUUGGGACGAGUAUAUUCCGGAGGAAUCAUAUGACGAAUGGCUAAAGUGGGUAAGAGGUAUCAAGCGUCCGGAAGAAAUGAGCGUGCCGCGAUGCUACGGGACACUGUUUGAACAGGAACCAGUCGAAUUGCACAUUUUUGCGGACGCGAGCGAAGUAGCCUACGCUGCAGUAGCGUAUUGGAGGACGUUAGCUGGAGCAGGUAUCAUUAAACCUAUAUUUAUUGCAGGAAAAACUAAAUGCGCACCGUUGAAACUUACAUCCAUUCCCCGUCUCGAGCUGCAGGCAGCAGUAUUGGCUACACGACUUCGGCAGAGCAUCCUUCACUGCCAUGACAAGAUCCCAAAGAGAGUGGUAAUGUGGAGUGAUUCCAAAACAGGGAAAUCGACCUGGAUUGACGGGCCAAGGUUCCUAGAAGAAGACGAGUUCAUGUGGCCGCAGGACGAGGUUCCCUUAGAUACGAACGAAGAAAUUCGCGCAAAAUAUGCGGUGCUGACGAUAAAGGUCGACGUUUCCAUGUUCGCAAGAUUUUCAACGCUUAUACGCAUGACCAGGGUGGUAGGCUGGAUAUUGCGGUUUCGAAACAACUGCUGGAAGAACGCGAGCGCAAGAAUCUACAAAGGACUAAGCGCUACGGAAAUAAGGCGAGCGGAAAUAGCGAUAAUCCGUGCGGUUCAAAUCGACAUUUUUGCUGAGGAGUACCAUUCCCUGAUUGCCGGAAGGAAGAUAGAACGGAGCAGCUCGCUGAAAACACUCACACCAGUAGUAGAUGAGGUAGGUGUGAUGAGAUUAGGCGGACGAAUAGAUGCUGCCACCGCUAUCCCUCCGCAUUCACGUCGGCCGAUAAUCCUGCCUAAACGUCACCACGUCACUGAGCUGAUAGUAGACUACUACCAUAACAUCUGGAAACACCAAAACGUAGCCACCAUAAUCGCGGAGAUACGACGGCGAUACUGGAUACCGCAAAUCAGAGCUGAGGUGCGUCGUGCUACCAAAAGAUGUAACUAUUGUAAAAAGGCAAAUCCUCCUCAAAUGGGGCAGCUUCCAGUGGAUAGACUCACACCGUGCGUAAGGCCAUUCACAUAUGUCGGUUUAGACUACAUGGGACCGUUCACCGUGGCGAUUGGUAGGCGAAGCGAGAAGCGUUGGAUCGCGUUGUUUACCUGCCUCACGAUCCGGGCAGUGCAUUUAGAACUUGCUAAAGACCUUUCGACUGAUACCUGUCUUAUGUGCAUACGCAAUUUCAUGAAUCGGCGAGGAGCACCUGUACGCAUCCGGUCAGACAACGGCACCAACUUCGUUGGAGCGGACAAAGAGCUGAGACGGCAGAGAAUAGACUUCGAAAAUGGAAAAAUAUUUAACGCAUUGGCGAAUAGAAACAUUGAAUGGGUAUUUAAUUGCCCCCUGAAUCCCCAUGCUGGAGGCUGCUGGGAGCGACUCGUCCGUAGCGUGAAAAGAGCCAUGGGACAUGCGCUAAACAACGACAACCUUCAGGAGCACUGCUUAUAUAGUCUCAUAUGCGAAGCAAAAAUAUAGUAAACUCACGACCGUUGACGCAUAUACCAUUGGACGAACACACUGACGAACCGCUAACCCCUAACCAUUUUCUCUUAGGUACUCCAAACUCGGAACAAACGCCACACCUUCACGAAGAGUUAUAUGGCGGUUAUAUAUAAAGACUUUGUAAUUUGGUAUGUUGGCAACCAUAAAUGUAUUUCUGAUUUUUGUAAAAACGUAUGUAUGUGGCAACGCUUAGCCAAAAAAAUGUAACCGAGGUGUUAGCCAUUAUGUGCUGUGAAAAUAGCGGCAUUCGUGGCUAACAUACCGGGAAGAACACACCAAAGUGAAAUAAAACGCAUCAAGCAUUAUAUUUGUGCGUCACAAUAAGCAAAAUUGGAGAGUUUUAUUUAUCGCCCGGAGCCACGAAUCAAAGGAGACAUCGUUUCUUACACGAUCCAUACAUUUCGUCAGUGUAUCUUGUACUCUCAUAAUGCGAGCCCCGAAAACGUAUUCGCUAUGCUUUCGUUCUCGUUGCUUAAAACCUUUCAAUACAAAUUGAACAAAUUUUAAUUAACAUGGGAAAUUUUAAAAUAAUU